AUGCCCAGCUUUCGUUUUGAAGCAGCUAGAGGUCCAGUGAUAUUGGGAAGUUUUCAAUUGAAGCAUGUGUUUCAAGCCGCGAUGAGCAUGCCGGCUGCCGGAGUUGUGAUGGCGUUCAUAAUAGGUUAUUCGAUGCAUGCCUCUUGGAUGUAUGAUUACUAUUGGGGAUGUAGGACUGUCUAUCUCCCCUCAGUUUCACGACUUCUAAAUCUCCCUCUCGAAAGAAUAAUGUGGAAUUUGUUAUCACUAUCCAGCGUCCCUCUUCAAUUAUUUGUUGUUCUUCGACAAUAUAUUCUAACCUUCUCAACUUCCAACAAACUUCAAUUUCUACGAAUCGGUCUAGUGAUUAGUUCUGUUUUUCAAUCGUUAUUUCUGACUUUGUUAGCAACUGUUGGAGAACGAGAAAGUGGAGACUUCCACGUGGCUUUCUUCUCAGGAUUCGCAGUUUCAACUAUAUUUAACUACUCUGCUUUCACGAUUCUGAUGAGAUUCACAGCGAGAGACGAGAAUCCAAAAUAUGGUCGACGACGGGUCACUGUUCUUCUCGGUCUUAUGAUUACACUCCCAACUAUUUUUAUUGCUUUCAUUCUUCACAAUGUGUUUUGUGUUGAAGGAGCCUACGAAGCAUUUGCUGUAUUCGAGUAUCUCACUAUCAUUUUGAUCUACGCAUUCCACGUGUCCAACUUCUAUCUUUUCUCCGAUCCAUCACAUAAAAUACUCAUUUGUCAACGAAACGGGAAAACGUCAGCGGUUAGAAUAUGA